AUUACAAGGGGUUUUAAUUUCACGAUUGUAUAAAAUAUGUGUAUCGCUUAUUUUCUCAAAACAUCACUAAAAUCUAUAAAUAAAAAGUGCGGAAAUGAAACAAUGGAAACGGUGUGGUUCAAGCGGGGGGCGGUGGGCGGGGCUAUUAUUUAAGCGCCUGUGAUUGGCCCUCGUUCCGCUCAUGAUGCUUUGAGUUGUCCAAUGAAACACGAGUUUAUGGGUUUGGCCAAUGAAAACAGGCAAUCAGAGGUGUGAGUGUCUCCUUGUAAAUUAGCAUAGGGCAGUGAAUAAAAGCCUCAGUGUCGCUCCUGAGCUCACACUGACUCGUCAGCUUUACGUUCAUCCAGCAUCAUGCCUGAACCAGCCAAGUCCGCGCCUAAGAAGGGCUCCAAGAAGGCCGUCACCAAGACCGCCGGGAAGGGAGGAAAGAAGCGCAGAAAGUCCAGGAAGGAGAGCUACGCCAUCUACGUCUACAAAGUGCUGAAGCAGGUUCAUCCCGACACCGGCAUCUCCUCCAAGGCGAUGGGCAUCAUGAACUCUUUCGUCAACGACAUCUUCGAGCGCAUCGCCGGUGAGGCGUCUCGUCUCGCCCACUACAACAAGCGGUCCACCAUCACGUCGAGAGAGAUCCAGACCGCCGUGCGUCUGCUGCUGCCCGGAGAGCUGGCCAAACACGCCGUGUCUGAGGGCACCAAGGCCGUCACCAAGUACACCAGCUCCAAGUAGAGUCCGAGGAGGCGCUCACACACAAAGGCUCUUUUAAGAGCCACACACCUGCUCCUGGAAAAGAGACUUUCAUAACUGUGGGGGUUUAGGAAACUCUAAACCGUUGUUGCGACUCAUUA